GAAAUGCAUGAAGUAUGGAAGGACCUUUGAUCAAACAGGUAAUCUUAUUUCCCAUAAGAUGAUCGACAUAAGGGAGAAGGUAGAUCAAUAACCAUCAUCCACAAUUCCUCCCUUUGCAGGUACAUUUCCAUCUUUAUACACCAGGAGAGGUAGUUUGUCUCAUUCAGCUGAGACACCACGAAAUCUCCUGUUACGCUAACAAGCCAUGUUGAUUGUUUCCAUUACAAGCACUAACAAAGCAUGAUAAACACCCCCUCUGAUUCUGGAGCAAGCUCCCAGUGGGUUUCUCUUGUCUCUGGUCUCUCUAAUCACUCUGGGCUUUUCUCUGUUCUGGGCCCAUAACCUGUCAAAGUUUGCCAAAGUUUGCCCAGCUUUACUACGUGAAACAACCCAGGAGCAAUAACAGCCAACAGAGGUUUGUUAUAAAUAGUGGUUUUAUCUACAAAAAAAUAUACUUUACAUAUACAUACUACUGGCAGAACUCGAGCAAUUAGCAAUUUAGAACGGAGAAGAAAGGGGGCAGGAGAAACACAUACUAACAAGGCCUCUUAUUAUACAGGCUCUUAAAGUGAUAACAGCCAAAAACCUUGCUGACUCAUUACAUCAGUGCAUCAUCAUUGCCUCAUCCUAGCAGCUGGUCAACUCUUAAACUAUCCUGACAAACUGCUUGGUUAGCUAAGGUGACCUGUGACACGAGGGAGGUGGAUAGUAUCUAUUCUUUACUUAUACCCAAAAUGCUGGAAUUAUUCAAUGUUGGUUUCACCUUUGACCGUGCCGAUAUGAUGUAUCCAAGGAACUGGAUUUUUGAGGAAGUCAUGGCCUCAGGGUCUUGAAUUGGUUGGAAGCAUUACUCAGAACCAUGACAUAGUUUUAUUAAGAGAAAGCAGUGUUAGGGGAAUGCGGGUGCAUAUUAAAUUCCCUUAACUAGUCAGCCUACUGGCCAACCCAGGUAAUUCUUGAUUUACAAUAAUUUAUUAAGUAGCCAUUCGAACAUCCUCCCUCCCUCUCAAAUUAGGCAUACUCCAGAGAAUCAGAAUGAAAACCACUCCAUGUGUGCUAACGUUGUAAAGGAUCAAUCAAGAAGGAAGAUUUUUGGAAAUCAAUGCGGACCAAAAUAACAUGAAAUUAAGAAUAAUUACUUCAAAAAAAUUACUUCAGUCCUGCCUGAUGAAACACACAGAAAUGUGAAUGGAACUUUCUCUGGGAUGUCAAGAUGCCAAAAAUAAUCCAACCUGCCAAUAAAGGAGGAAAUGUGUAGGUUACGGUUGAAAUGAGAGGUCCUUGGUGCUGAGCUUGAUUGUUUUGUUGCAGACAUUUCAUUACCCAAACUAGGGAACAUCAUCAGUGCACCAACCAACCUCAGAGGGCUCUAAGAAUGCCUCCAUCCAACUUCCGUCUACUAUCAAAUUAAGAUCUGAGUCAACCAGUAUGAAUGCAGAGGCAGGUCUCUUUUGGUCAAAGACCUCUUAUGAUGUGAUGGAAUAAUGACAGAUGUUAAUAUAGAAUGUAUACAAAAAGCUUCAGGGUGAAUAAUUUGUCUUUCAACCAAAGGGCCAGAAUGAACAGAAGCUGCAUGGGGCAAAAGAAUUGUUUCCACCAUUAGUGCCACAUUUUUCUCUUUAUGGUGUGCCAGAAACUUGGAAACUGUAUAACGGUAACUUUAAAAAAAUUACUUAUCAGUGGUGUGGUUACUAACUAAACAUUCAUAAAAUUCUGUUUCUUUUCAUUGCAUUAAAAUUACUAACACACUAAAGUGUUUGGACAGCCUUGGGGUGUGCGCAUAUUUCAGCUCCUAGUGGGUUGAAGCUGUUUUUCAAAAUAUGGAUCAUUAAACUUUGUGUCAAGCUGCAGAAAAAAAGAAAUAGAUGCAAAAAAUCAAAGGUUACCUCCAUUCUUUUUAAAUUGGUUUUAAUCACCUUGUCUAUCAUUUUAAAUUCUUUCUUUCACUCACUGUGUGUCUUUGUGUGUUGACACCAAAUGUGCUCAAAUCUUUUCAUUUUCUCUUUUUAUUUAUGGUUUAAUGAUAUAUCCCUGCCUUAAAUUCUUCAAAGGGCUUAGGCUUUCUAGUCUUGAGUUUCCUACGCAAUCCUUAUGUAAAAAAAUAAAUAAAUCCCCAUCAUAGUUUAGAUUUAUAGUCCUUUUUUACAAUCUUCCCGUCUUAAUUUUGCAAUUCCAUGUUUUCUCCUGCCAGAGAUGAAACACCAUUUCCCUUCUUCAUUUCUCAAUUAAAGAACCUGGUUAUGAGGUAACAUUUCUGGAAUAUCCAUGAGUUUCAGUUUUUCCUUCAUUUUGGAACUGGUCUUUUUUCUCUUUGUUCAGAGUGACUGUGAUGGGUCAUUGAGAGGGGUCUUUUCCCCUACUCCCAUGCCCAUCAUCCUUACCCUCUCCCCCUCAGACGGACUCCUCUUUCCUGUCCUUUCUAGAAUCCUGGCACUUUGCACCAAAUCCACCAAGGGGCAGUCUCCGCCAAGAGAAGGGAACUUCCAAGUGCUUUGCUUCACUACUGGCCCAGUGAAGGGCAAUCUUCCUUUGCUUUCAUCAGAAGCGGCUGGAGGGUUGUCUGUUCUUUCUGGUGCCCCCUUCGCUGUGAGGCUGACUGAAUAAUUUGAGAAAGGCACCUGUAUGUAUUGAAUUAAAGAAAUAAAAGACAAAUCAAUAAAAAACCAAUCUUGUUCCUCACUGUGGCCUUUCUGCCUUGUAUCCCAUCUUCCUCCCCUUCCGGCCAGAGUUUGCAACAAUUGUGAGAUACAAGCUGGGUUUUCCAAGGGGUUCUUGGUCCUCGUCUUCCGAUAGCCCGUCCGUUUCUGACAGGAUUUGGCCCAUUUUGAGGUCUCCUCCAAUCUCCGCUGAGCCUUUAGGGUGGCUGUUCGUGAGGGAAGCGAAUUCAAAUCCUCCAGAGAGAUUUUUUCUUCAUCUCCACAGAUGAUUCGGGACAGGAAGGAGAGGGAGAGGGAGCAAAUUGCUGCCUCUGAAGGCGCCAAAACCUUUUUGUGACAGGGAGCCAUUGACAGGGACUUUCCUCCUACUCCCAUGCUCUUCAUCCCUGGGCUCCUCUUUCCCGCGCUUUCCAGUUGAAUCCUGUAAAUUUACGCGAAGUCCACCAGGGGGCGUUUUCUGCGAAGAGGAGGGAACUCGCGUAGAUUCCACAUCAGCCCAACGGAGGGCGAAGGUCACAGAGGCGGCGGCGAAGGGAGUGACGUCACAAACGAUUGCCGCUCUAGGGCGCCGCACUCGCUUCUCCUUAACCCCUGUGGCUCCGCAAGAGGCGGACAGGCUGCGGGAGAGUCCGGCGCGGGUGCGGGGGGGGGGAUCCAGACGCGCCCCGGGUGACUUGGGGGCUCUUCCCGUGCAAAGGGAGGCCGAGGAGGGAAGAGACCCGCGCCCGGCCCUCCUCCGGCUUCAACCCCGGGUCCCAUGGUCCCCAGCCGCUCUCUCCAGGCGGGGCUGGGGCGUGGGAAGCGGAGCUCCGGAGCAGCCGCGUUGUCAUCCGGAAGAACCGGAGAUUCCCAGGAAGGCGGCGGGGAUCUGGGGUGGCCCUUCCCUCCCCGUGUUUAGAGUUGGCCUCGCGGAUCCUGGUGUAGAGAGAAGAGAAGCUGGGCAAGGCAGGAUUCGCACCAGGGGCUGGAGGAGACUCCUGCUGAUCCACCAAAAUGAUCUCUUGGUCAAAGAGAGCGGAGUAACGUGCUGUGGGUCGGUCCUGGGGCAACAGAAAUGGUCCCGUGAAUGAAAGGUGUUGGGAGAUCCACAAGAUUCCUUGGAUUCCUUGGCGUCGCUUUACGGGACGGAAAAAGGAUGGAGAGAACACCUUUAGCCUGUGGUGAGAGAAAAGGUGCUUCUGGGAUCCAGCCUGGGAGCUGUCCGCAGAUCUGGACAAGAACUGGGCAGAAGAUCCUGGAGGGGGAAACCAUCCUCCUUUCAGAAGUUCAGCCCUGGAACUUCAGGAGCCUCCAAUAUCAGCAGGCUGAGGGUCCCCGAGGGCUUUGCAGCCGACUCCAUGACUUUUGUCGGCGAUGGCUGAAACCAGAAAAGCACACCAAAGCCCAGAUGCUGGACCUGGUGGUUCUGGAGCAAUUCCUGGCUCUUUUGCCCCUCCGGAUGGAGAGCUGGGUACGGGAGUGUGGAGCAGAGACCAGCUCCCAAGCGGUGGCCCUAGCGGAAGGCUUCCUCCUGAGCCAGGCGGAGGAACAGAAGGAGCAGGUCGAGUUGCAGUCCUUUGCUGUGGAGAUCAGAGACUGCGGGGGAAGGAGGAAUCCAUCAAAUCCUCCUCAGGAGCUGUUUUUUAGGAGGAUUCCUCAGGAUGAUCCAAGUCAGAACGCCUCAGGAGAGAGGAGUCGAAUGACGUUUACUCCUCCUAACUGUGGAUCUAAAACUAUGGUUGAACCUCCAAAUCAACCGAAUUCAGCUAGCGAUUUGAAGAGCCUGCAGCUGGCUUGUGAAGUCAACCAUUGGAGCGCGAUUCUUCGACUCGCAAGUAUACUUCCCAUAUUUCCGAUGGUCUUAGGCAACCCUUGGCAAAUUGUCAUUCGACCCCCAACGAGGUCCCGACCCACAGGUUGAGAACCGCUGAUCUAAAGAAAGUAGCCAGAUAGAAAAGUCUCUUAAAUAAAAAUUGUCCUGAAAUAGCACAUUAUCAAGGCCCUUCUGGCUUGCAGAGUUAAUUUCUAACCCUCUGAUUUUUGCCUGGAUUUGGAGGUGUGUAGCUUUUCAAAAGGUGAGAUAUGUCCAACCCAGAAAAUUUUCUCCUGUUCUCUCCUGUUCAGUCAAUCACUCAGACUGGUCCUUCAGGGGAUAGCAAAAGCUGUUUGCUGAAAUGCUAGAAAGAAUGUUCCCCUCUCGUUUCCUUCUGCAAGCUCAGGAAGGAUUGGAGUCACCAAGAACUGGGGAUUUAAAGGCCCAUCUGCAAGUUGAUUCUCUCCACAUGCUGAGAGUCUUUGAUGGUGGUUGCAUCAUCUUCUUGUGUCAUAUCUGUCAUCAGACGUUGGCGAUCAUGUUGGCAAUCCUAUUUUCGUCAACACAGGAAAAAGUGCUGCUGAGUUUUGUCCAAACAGUCCCUUAUGUUUUGAAGCCAUGAUUUUCUUCUUCUGCCUGGACCUCGUUUCCUCUUUCCCCGGAGGAUUAAGUGAAGGAUGCCCUAUUUUUCUGGGUGUCGCAUCACAUGUCCAAAAUAUUCUAACUUUCGCUUUUUAACGGCUUUGAUGGUUUCCCUUUGCUUUCCCAGACAGCUUAUUACUCCUCAUUUGUGAUUUUGUUAACCCAGUUUAUAUGUAACAGCCAUCUGUAAAUCCAUAUUUCAAAUGCUUCAAGUUUCUUCGAGUGGUUUUUUUGUCAGAGACCAAUUCUCUACUCCGUAGAGCAGGAUAGAAAAGAUGUAACAUCUGACAAUGGAUAUACAUACAGUAGAUAAUUAGACAGGCAUAUACACAGAAAUAAAGGGACGUGGUGGCUCAGGGGCUAGGACGUUGAGCUUGUCGAUCAAAAGGUCGGCAGCUCAAUGGUUCGAAUCCUUAGUGCUGCCAUGUAACGGAGUGAGCUUCCGUUACUUGUCCCAGCUUCUGCCAACCUAGCAGUUUCGAAAGCAUGUAAAAAUGCAAGUAAAAAAAAUAGGGACCACCUUUGGUGGGAAGGUAACAGCGUUCCGUGUGCCUUUGGCGUUGAGUCAUGCUGGCCACAUGACCACGGAGACGUCUUGGGACAGCGCUGGCUCUUCGGCUUUGAAACGGAGAUGAGCACCACCCCCUAGAGUUGGCAACGACUAGCACGUAUGUGCGAGGGGAACCUUUACCUUUUAUACACAGACAUAGAUAAUUCAAUCCAAAAAGAAACAGGCUUGUUUCACUGAAUGACAUUUAGAAUACUACAGAAUCAUGUGGAUAGCCAGUUCAGAAAUGUGAAAAAUAAAUGAACGUUGAUAAAACCUUUGCUAUCUUUGCUUUGGCAAUUUCUAAGUAAUAACAGAUGUCUUCCAAAUCCUCCCAGGUCUGUUUUGUUCUUUUCUUUUCUUUUUUUCUUUGUUCAGGAGGGUCCUGUGUCCUUUGAAGAGGUAGCUGUAUAUUUUUCUGAAGAGGAGUGGUCUCAACUGGAUGCUCACCAAAAAGAGC